AUGACCUGCGGCGACAAAAAGAAGAUUCAAAGAUUCAGUAGCUUGGAGCGGUCACCGAAGAAGGUGAACUUGAGCGGCCGAAAGGUGAAUCUCAGGGUGAGAGAAAUCGGAGGAUACACAGAACCGCAAGAAGAUACCGACAUCGAGUUCAUAAGCCCCGGAGAUGGUCAUCAAUUCCAGCGAAAAGCUACCAAUCUGAAGAUCUAUGGUUUGGGUUAUAAAUCCAUGUUGAAGAGGGUCCAUAGGGGAGAACGAGAUUGGCGACGGAAGGAAACCAGAUUUGCCUGCCCUGACGUUUGA